GGAACGAACCCGAGCGCGUCACCCCGUCACGCUGCAGUGGUCGCUCGUGCUCCGCCGGCCCUCUCAGUGUAGUCCUGUCUUGCUGCAGCCGCGGCGGCACGAUGGCUGUGUUCGUCGUGCUCCUGUCCUUGUUGGUGGCAGGUGUUUUGGGGAGUGAGUUUAGCAUCUUAAGAUCACCAGGGUCUGUUGUCUUCCGGAAUGGAAACUGGCCUAUACCAGGAGAGCGAAUCCCAGAUGUGGCUGCGCUGUCCAUGGGCUUCUCCGUGAAAGAAGACCUUUCUUGGCCAGGACUGGCGGUGGGUAACCUUUUCCAUCGGCCCCGGGCUACCAUUAUGGUGAUGGUAAAGGGAGUAGACAAGCUGGCUCUUCCUCCAGGAAGUGUCAUCUCUUAUCCUUUAGAGAAUGCAGUUCCUUUUAGUCUUGACAGCGUUGCAAAUUCCAUUCACUCUUUGUUUUCUGAAGAAACUCCUGUUGUUUUGCAGUUGGCUCCUAGCGAGGAAAGAGUGUAUAUGGUGGGGAAGGCAAACUCUGUUUUUGAAGACCUUUCAGUCACACUACGGCAGCUCCGGAAUCGUCUGUUUCAAGAAAACUCGGUUCUCAAUUCACUUCCCCUCAAUUCUCUGAGUAGGAACAAUGAAGUUGACCUGCUCUUCUUCUGACUCAAGUGCUACAUGAUAUUUCAAGUUUGGGUAAGUAGGUUGCUCAAAUUUUUCAGUUCCAUUUUUGGUUCCUAGAGAGUGUAUAUCAGAUAGUGAAGUCAGUUGAAAUGCGCUUGGACUUAUGAUCCCAUGAAAAUGGAGAAGUUAGUGAAAGGUUGGGAAUUUUGAACUCAUUAAUGUACAUGUCAAAUUCUUCUGCAUUUUACUUUCAGGAGUAACAGAUGCCCUCCAAGAACACCCUGGCUACCAGGUUAUAAUGUGGGCAUUGAUUUCUUUGUCAGACCAUUAAGACUUAAUUCCUAUAUCUAUAGCUUGUGAGUCGAAAAUAGAAAUAACAGUUUUAGGUUAACAAUACUGUCAAGCAAGUCAAGAAGGCAAUAAUCCAUCUCAAGGGUAUUUUUUGAAUGUAUGCUUUAAAAAAGACAUCCUUAACCAGGCGCUGAUGGUUCACGUUUGUAAUCCUAGCUACUUGAGAGGCUGAGAUUAGGAGGAUCACAGUUUGAGGCUAGCCAAGCAAAUAGUUUGCAAGAUCCCAUCUCCAAAAUAACCACACAGAAUGGCAGAAUGAACUGGAGAUGUGGUACCAAGCACUAAGAGUACCUGCUUCAAGUGUGUGAAGCCCUGAGUUCAAACCCCAGUUCCACAAAAAGAAAGAACAUCCUUUGUGACUGAAAUAGAAAUUCUUACUUGUUUGCUAGACUAUUGGAUUGU